AUGUUACCUACUGAAGGAUGUUCUUCUGUGAAACAUGAUUGGCCUAAAGCUUCUAAUACAGUUGUGCCUAGUACGUUUAAGAAACCUCUCGGUGGUGCGAAAAGGAUGGGAAAAACUGGUCGUCUUGGUGCACGGAAGCUUACUACUAAGACAAUGGAAAAUCUCUAUGACCAGGAACCGGAAGAAGUUGCACCGGUUAUUCCUGCUGUUUCUUCAACUAAUAACGGCCGAACCAAAUCACCAGCUGGUUUGUUUAAGUACAAUGACGACUUGCAGCCAAGUACUUGCUCCAUGUCAAAGCAUCCAUCACGCUUCUCUCUAGAAGGCAUAUUGAACACGGCCAUGAAAUCACGCGGUGGUACGCUAGAGUUUCGCUCCCAUGUUACUCCACCAGAGGAUCGAGCACUCGUCACUGUAGAUCCCUUAUUGGACUGGGUCAGGAAAUCACGCGGUCGUGCCAGUGGUACACUAGGGUUUCGCUCCCAUGUUACUCCACCAGAGGAUCGAGCACUCGUCACUGUAGAUCCCUUAUUGGACUGGGUCAGGAAAUCACGCGGUCGUGCCAGUGGUACACUGUUUCGCUCCCAUGUUACUCCACCAGAGCAUCCAGCACUCGUCACUGUAGAUCCCUUAUUGGACUGGGUCAGGAAAUCACGCGGUCGUGCCAGUGGUACACUAGGGUUUUGCAGCCAUGUUACUCCACCAGAGCAUCCAGCACUUGCCACUGUAGAACGCAUACUGGAAAACUGA